UCCACACCAACAACACCGUCCCCAGUGAGAGUGAUGUUCUGGCAAAGGGCAGUCCUUUCUUGAAUGGUGAUGAAAUCCGGCUGAAUGAUACCGUGAGGGUGCAGAAUCUCACAUAUGAGCGGUUAUCAGAUAAUUCCUUCGCUUUGAGCCUGGCCUACAAGAUCAAUGACGUGACCUUUCCAGAGAAUGUUAAUCUCAGGACGGAGACGCAAGCGCGCAUUCAGGACUCGGUCAACAAGCUGAUGAACGGAUUGCUGAUCCAACCUAAUGCAAGUCCUUUCACCUUCCCACAAGCAAAUUUCACCCACCUGCCCAAUGAGAUUCGUGCGAAUGAGGAGUAUGUCUAUCAGGAAGGUAACAUCAACCAACCAAGCAACUUCCUGGCUGCGAUACUGGCAGUUAGUGGUCCUGCCCCCACUACAGCUUCCCCUGUCAUUCCUACGACACCUUCAGCUGUUGCUCCGACGACUUCUCGCCCAGCCACUCAUAUUGUUCCACCCAUUCCAGUAGCACCAACGUCCAUCACAGCAGCACCUACAGUUCGUGGCAUGGUUUUCAUCUUUCUCCGAUUUGUGUUCCACACCCUCAAACCCGUCCCCACUGAGAGUCAGGUUCUCUCCCAGGUCAGCGCUUUGCUGAAAUUUCGUCAAACAAGGGCGCUGGAUAAUCCAGUGAGGAUUCAGGAUCUCACGUAUGAAAAAAUAUCAGAUCAUAUCUUCGCUUUGAAACUGAACUAUCAGAUACUCAACGUGACCUUUCCAGAGAAAUUUGAUCUCAGGAACGAAACGCAAAAACUCAUUCAGGACUCCGCAAACAAGUUGCUGAACACAUUGCUGAACAGCCCUAAUGCAAAUCCUUUCACCUUCCCAGAAGGAAAUUAUACCAACGGGCUCAAUGUGAUUAAUGCCAGUGUGGAGUAUAUCUUUCGGGAAGGUGACAUCAACCUACCAAGCAACUUCCUGGCUGCGAUACUGGCAAUUAGUGGUCUGGCCACCACCGCAGCCCCCACCACCACAAGCAGCCCUGUCCUCCUGCUGAUCACAAGUACUGCAGGCAGGUUCCCUGGAUGGGCCCUGGCCAUCAUCAUCCCCUGCGGUAUCGCCAUCAUCCUCCUCCCCUUCUGGAUCCUCCUUUGUUGCCUGCUGUGUGGUUGCUGUGCGGCCAUUAAGAGACGUUGGCGCAGGAGGCACGCCUACCACAUACAGCAGUAUGCGGUGCAUCCAAGUAUGAUGCGCCCCAAUAUUACACAUCCCAUCUGAGAAUCUUACCUGCCACGUCCCCUCUGAGAGGGUGGAGCUUGGAUGUUCAGCUGGAAUCUGAAAACCAAGUUUUAUUAUGAUUGAUGUCUUAUUAUAAUGUUCUUACACAUAUGAUACAUAGCAACUGCAUGGCUGGAUGGUGUAAGAUAUUUAUCUUUAUUUAUUAAUAUGGGUUAAAUAUGAGAAUUAUCCUAAAUUCUCAGCUACGUUAUACCCAGGUAUUCAAAUGUAAAUCUGCAUAUAUUUAUCUUUCUAUGAAGCAUUAUUUUUAUUUAAUUAAAGGUUAACUAUGUAUUGCAUGUUGCAAAGUCAAUGCAAUAUUGAUGCAAUUUGUUAGAUUUAAUCAAUUAUCAUUUGACUUGUAAUUUAAAGUUUACAAAUGAAAAUGAUUUAAAUCCUUAUGUUUAUUUUACUAUAUGCAUCUCUCCAACUGUAUUUAAAAUGAAGAUGUACUGAAUAUGUGCAGGAGUUACAAAACUAUUCCAGGCUGUAAUCGUACAUACAGGAAUAAAUAAUAUUGUUUAUUAUUACAAGUAUUUUAAAUCAAAAUGUUGAUAUUAGAUCAAUUAACUUAUUGUAUGUUUAUUUGAAUAAAUAAUUCACAGCCAGUAAACUGCACACAUUUUUCAAAAUAAUAAAAAGAUUAUAUUUUGUUAUUCUGUUUAUAAUGGUAUGUAGUAAUCAUCUGUAUUGUGGGUUCUAAAUAAAGAUUAGUUUAUUUUUUU